CGAGACUCUCUCAGGUACUACAACCAUCUCUACCGUGGUGAGACUCGUGGAAAUGAGCUAUGAUAUUUUUAUCCCCCUAACCACACCAUCCCCAAUUCGCCAUCACGCUCCUUAGUUGCGUCACGGUGUGUUUCUGCAGCGUAUAAGUUCAUGUGGGUGGGCAAAUUGCUAUCUUGUGUUUGGUCUUUACCAUGUCUGUGUCCGAAAAGAACUCCGUGGUCGAGGGGGACCAGGUUUCCGUAGAGGAUCACAGACUUUUACGCAAGAUUGACCUUAGACUUCUGCCUGUUUUCACUUUGCUUUACCUCCUCAGUUUCCUGGAUAGGUCGAAUAUCGGGAAUGCGAAAAUCGAUGGAAUGACAACUGAUCUCGGCGUAUCUCCUGCUAGUUACAACACUGCUUUAGCCAUAUAUUUUGUCGGUUAUGUUAUUUUCGAGGUCCCCGCCAAUAAAUGCAAUCCGCAAGUCUGGCUCCCGUCAUUGACUCUUGUCUGGGGUAUCGUCUCUAUUGGCCAAGGCCUUGUCAAAAACCAAGCCGGGUUGUUUGGAAUCAGAUUCUUACUUGGUGCCACGGAAGCUGGCCUGUUUCCCGGUGUGAUAUACGUCUUCUCAGUAUAUUAUCUGAGACGCGAGCGGAGUUGGCGAGUUGCGAUUUUCUUCGGUGGUUCGGCGUUGGCGGGAGCAUUUGGAGGGAUAUUUGCAUAUUGCAUUGGAUUGAUGAAUGGUGUGGGCGGAAGAAGUGGUUGGCAAUGGAUAUUCAUUAUCGAGGGAAUACUGACAGCGGUUGUUUCCCUCGUCGCAUAUUUCAUUGUGCCCACUUGGUCUCACGAGGCCAAAUUCUUAUCUGAAACAGAGAAAACACGACUGCUAGAUAGAUUGCGAGCAGAUUCCGAUGCAGGAACUGACCAAGUUUUCAAAUGGUCGUCCGUUCGAGAUGCAUUUAGCGAUCACUUAGUCUGGGCAUAUGCAUUCCUUUUCCAUGGAUUCUCUUUUGUCCUGUACUCGCUCAGCCUUUUCCUGCCUACAAUCAUCGCAGGACUUGGAUUCGAGACAUGGCAGGCUCAACUGAUGACCGUCCCCCCGAAUGUGCUCGCAAGCUUCUCAAUAUGGACCACAGUAUAUUUUUCAAGCAAGUUCAAUGUAAGAGCACCCUUCAUCAUAGGAGCUGCAAUUGUAUCCAUUAUUGGUGAGAGCAUUUCCGGCCUUCAGUACUUUGGAGUACACCUCGCAGCGGCCGGUGUAUAUACAGGCAAUUCGCUUCUUCUAAGUUGGCCUGGGGAGAACGUUUCUGGUCAGGCUAAACGCGCAGUUGCGGUAGCCCUCCAAAUCAGCAUCGGCGAUAUCGGAGCGAUUGCAGGCUGUCUGAUCUACAGGCCCACACUGAGCAGUCACCUGUACCGCACACCCAAUCUUAUAGCCAUCGGCUAUCUCCUGUUCGCAAUUGUGAUGACCACAUAUUUGUGGGUCGUGAUGAGUGUGGAAAACAGGAGGCGAGAUCGUUUAUUGUCCAAGGGUGAAGCGAAGGAAGAAACCGAGGAAGAGAGAAUCAGGUUGGGCGAUCGCUCUGUGCGCUACAGAUACCGAAUUUGA